AUGAGAAGUCCAUUGUUGAGAUCAGGAUCAGGUUUAUCGAGCCAAUACGAAAGAUAUAAUUUGAGUAUUAAUGGAUUCUUUAUUUUGAUUGAUUGUACUGAAGAAAUUGGAGGUUCAGAUACUGGAAUUCGUAUCAUUCAACAAAAACAUGACAAUUUUGGACCAAAUUAUAAGAAUUACAAGUUUGGAAAUAAGGAGACUGAGAAUGCAAUUUUAAAAGGUUUAUCAUCUACCAGAAAUUUAAUCAAAUCCAAUUUACCACCUAAACAACUUGAAGAACAAUUGAAAAAACUUGAACAAUUGUUUAGAAAGGACAUUUUGACAAGAGAAGAAUUUGAAUCUAAAUGGAAAAUGGUUUACAAUCCAGCAAAUAGUGGAUCAGAAAUGACCUAUGCCACCACUUCUAAUAAUCAACAAACUAAUACACAGAGUAGUGGCAAUAUGGAUGGCCUCACACAAGAUCAAUUAGAUUUACUUUCCAAGUUGAGAGGAGGCAUUAUCACACAGGAAGAGUACAAUGCCAAGCUCAAUAAGCUGAAAGAAGAAAAUCAAAAAUCCUCCCCUCCAAAACAACCAUCUCUUACUCCAGAACAGAAGCAAAUGAUUGAAAAAUUGGAAAGCCUUUUAUCAAAGGGAAUUCUCACACAGGAAGAAUUCGAAAUGAAAAAGAAACAAAUUGUUGGAAAUAAUUCUCAAAUCAGCAGCUCUACAUCUGGUCAGAAAUCUCCAACUGCAGUAGAAACAAUUUCAUUUGAAAAGUAUGCACAACAAUAUGAAGAUUUAAAGUGCAUGAUGAAUGAAUCUCAAAAACACCAAAUGAGAACUCUUGAAAGAUUUGUCAACGAUGGAAUAAUUACACAAGACGAAUAUGAAAUGAAAAAGAAAAAAGUUUUGGGAAAUCUUUACACUCCAACAAAUUGGAUUUAUCAAAAGCAACUUUCUGAAAGAGAACAAACCAGUAGCUCUCCAUCUUCUCCUUCUACUCCUUCCUCUACAGAAUCUCUAUCCGAAAGUCAAAAAGAAAGAAUUGAAAAAUUGAAAAUAUCAAAGGAGAAGGGAAUUUUAACCAAUGAAAUGUUCGAAUCGAGAAUGCAACAAAUUUUGGAUGAAAACAAGCCAGUUCAAGACACUGAAGAUUAUUCACAUCUCACCUCUGAUCAACAAAAUUAUAUUGCCAAACUGAAAUAUUUCAAAAAGAUGGGAAUUCUUACACCAUCCGAAUUUGACAUUCAAAUGGAAAAAAUCAUUUCAGACCCUGAUAGUGUCAAGACCGGUGCUCUAGUUUCUUCACCUCAAACACCUACAAGUAGUUCAUCAAAUUCCUCUCCAAAAACCCCAACAGACUCCAAGCCAUCCACUCCAACCAUUAUUUCUAACAAGUCAAGUAAGCCAUCUACUCCUACUCCUGUCUUUACUUCAGAAGAAGUGGAAACUCCAGUCACUCCAACUGAUAGCUCUCAAAAGAAUCAACAAACCAAUACAGUUCCAAAAUUGGAAGAAAAGAAGCCAACCACACCAGUACCUAUCGUUGAAACCAAGAAAAAACCAUCUUCAGAAAAGAUUGUUAAGGAAAGUCCAAAAGAAACAACUCCUAAACAAUCAUCAACACCAAUCAGUAGUGGUGCAGAGCAAGAUGAAGAAAUUCAAGAUCAACUGGAAAGACUCAGAUCACUUGUCGAUAUGGGAAUCAUCUCAGAGGAAGAUUACAAACAAAAGGAAGAAAAGCUCUUGAAGGGAACACCAACCCCUGCAUCUCCAGCUGCUACACCAGAAGAAUCCAAACCUGUAGUCAAUCAACAAGCAACCAAUAAUCAAGUCAAACAAUUGGAAAAGCUCUACAAUUCUGGAAUUAUUUCAAAGGAAGAUUUUGAGCAAAAAGUCAACAAAAUUCUUGGAAAACCUCAAAAUGAGACAACCACCACAAAGGUUGAAAGUCCAUCCUCUCCAAGAAACACCUCAAAUGUCAAAGAUCAAAAUGUUAAAGUAGAAUUGGCCAAAUUGAAGAAACUUUUGGAGAAUGGAAUCAUUGCACAAGAACAAUUCGAAAUGAAACAAUCUAAAUUAUUGGGCACUUCUCCAUCAAGUACCACCACUGAAACUGAAUUAUCAUCAGAACAAGAGGAGCAAAUUGCCAAAUUGAAAUCCUUCCUUGAUGAGGGUCUCAUAGAUCAGGACGAUUAUCAAGAAGAGUUGAAUAAAAUCUUGAAUAAAUAAUAACAUUAUUGAAU